AUGGCCUCGUGCUGGUGGCGGUGGCGGUGGCGGCGCGGCUGCUCUUGGAGGCCGGCGGCGCGGAGCCCCGGGCCCAACUCCGCAGGCCGCGCGGCACUCUCUGCGCCGCGGGCUGCCGCCGCCGCUGCCACUGUCGCCGUCGCCCGCGCGCAGAUGUCCUGUUGUAAUCUUAUGAAGAGUUUAACAUCUGCCUUUCCAAAUAUGUAUCGUGGAUCACGGUUCCAUCACGUGACGCCGGUAGCUUGCUGCUGCAGUAAGACACAGAGCGGUGAGAAAUACAGCGACCCUUUUAAGCUUGGCUGGAGAGACUUGAAAGGUCUCUAUGAGGACAUCAGGAAGGAGCUCUUCAUCUCUACAGCAGAACUCAAGGAAAUGUCUGAAUACUACUUCGAUGGAAAAGGAAAAGCCUUUCGACCAAUUAUCGUGGUGCUAAUGGCCCGAGCCUGUAACAUUCAUCAUAAUAACUCCCGAAAUGUGCAAGCAAGCCAGCGUGCCAUUGCCUUAAUUGCAGAAAUGAUUCACACUGCCAGUCUGGUCCAUGACGAUGUCAUUGAUGAUGCAAGUUCCCGGAGAGGAAAACACACCGUUAAUAAGAUCUGGGGUGAAAAGAAGGCUGUCCUUGCUGGCGACUUAAUUCUUUCUGCAGCCUCAAUAGCUCUGGCACGAAUUGGAAAUACAACUGUUAUAUCUAUUUUAACCCAAGUGAUUGAAGAUUUGGUGCGUGGUGAAUUUCUUCAGCUCGGGUCAAAAGAAAAUGAAAAUGAAAGAUUUGCACACUACCUUGAAAAGACUUUCAAGAAGACUGCAAGUCUGAUCGCCAACAGUUGUAAAGCAGUCUCUGUCCUGGGAUGCCCUGACCCAGUGGUGCAUGAGAUUGCCUAUCAGUACGGGAAGAACGUGGGCAUCGCUUUUCAGCUGGUAGACGAUGUCCUGGACUUCACCUCGUGUUCUGACCAGAUGGGCAAACCGACCUCAGCCGACCUGAAGCUCGGGUUAGCCACUGGCCCCGUCUUAUUUGCUUGUCAGCAGUUCCCAGAAAUGAAUGCUAUGAUAAUGAGACGGUUCAGCUCACCAGGCGACGUGGACAGAGCGCGACAGUAUGUAUUACAGAGUGACGGUGUGCAGCAGACAACCUACCUCGCCCAGCGGUACUGCCACGAAGCGGUGAGAGAGAUCAGUAAACUUCGACCUUCCCCAGAAAGAGAGGCCCUCAUACAGCUUUCAGAGAUUGUGCUCACAAGAGACAAAUGA